UUUUUUUUCUUCAGCUUGGCUUCAUGUUCGGCAGCUUGCGCGGGCGCAAGAAGCUCGUCGACGAUGAGCACGAAACGAACGUCAAGAACUACAUGCGACUGCAGGAAGUGUCUGAAAACCUCCAAAAGUCGCUCAAGAGCUUCCAGGACUCGAUGAAGGCCAUCACGCAGUCCCACAAUCGGAUGGCGGCGUGCGUCGAUGAAAUGUUCGAGCCGUUCGAGGCGCAGGAGGUCAAGCAGAGCGCCAAGCUCUACGCUGAGGCCUGCCAAGCGCUCGAGCGAACCAACCAUGAUCUGGAAUCGGAAAUGCGCAUCACCUUGUUCGAGCCAAUGACUCUGUUUAUGAAGAUUUUCCCGAUUGUCGACGAGCUCUUGAAAAAGCGAGACCAGAAGCUGAUUGAGCUCGAGAAGCGUCGAGAAAAGCUGGGCAAGAAUAGCAAGAGCAAAGACCGAGGUUCGAGCCGUGCAGAGCAGGCCGAGCGUGCCGUCGCCGAGGCCGAGCGCGAGUACAACGAAUUGAACGACAAACUGCGAGCAGGAUUGCCCGGGUUCUGCGAGGCACGCACAAGCUACUUUGACGCGUGCUUUGAAGCCCUGGUCAAAAUCCAGCUCCAGUGCAGCAAAAACUGCCAGCAGCUGGUGGCAGGCAAGAUGGGCGGCGGCUUUUCCAAGACGCAAGCGCUCAGCGACGCAGCGUACGAUCAGGACAUUCGUGCCAAGCUCGAUAGCUUCCUCUCGUUGGCCAUCGUCUCGGGCAGCUCCAAGAUGCCGCGUUCGGCGCUCGGUGCCAGCUCUAUCGCGUCGUCGCAGGCGGCGGCCGCGCUUCCGGCAAGCCCCGUUUCUGCACCGAUACCUGCCGCCACCGCCGUUGCAUCUGCCGCCGACGAGAUGGACGAGCAAGCACCGGCGCAAGAUUAUGUUGACGAGCAAGCGUCGCAGCCGGAAGCGGCCAGCGAGGAGUAGCGACUGUUUCUUUUUUCCUCUCUUGUGCAGUUUUGAUGUUGCCGUCCAAUGAAUAGAAGUCAAAAACAAAAACAACAAAAG